GCUGGUUGGUUGCGAGAGAAUAGGAGAGGAAGAAUGUUUAUGCAGUGAGGGAUCCUAGCGAACACAAAUUUCUCCAGUGCUUCAUCCGUGGAACGAAAUUGCUCUCUUUCAAGCCAGGAAGCGGUUUCUGCUUGAAAUCGUCGUAGAGCCACAGCUUUAACGCCAAAUCAGAGCUAGAUCCGACACACGUCGACCUCCAGAAUGGACAUAGGCGGGAGGAAACUAUCAGCUACCGGGGACUCCCUCUACGAGACAUUGGGCUUACCAAAAACUGCGACUGCCGAAGAUAUCAAAAGGACUUAUCGGAGGCUCGCACUCCGUUUCCACCCGGAUAAGAACCCCGGCGAUCUCGAGGCCGCUGAGAAGUUCAAGGACAUAAAUCGAGCUAAUGCGAUUCUCAGCGACUUGUCCAAAAGGAACAUCUACGACAACUAUGGCUCAAUGGGUCUCUACAUCGCGGAGCAGCUCGGCGAGGAAAACGUGAACGCUUACUUCACCCUGACAUCGGGAUGGGCGAAAGCUAUAUUCAUUUGCUGCGGGAUCAUCACAGGCUGCUAUUGUGGCUGUUGCUGUUUCUGCUGCUGUUUCAACUUCUGUUGCGGCAAAUGCAAACCGAAGCCACCGCCGGAAUACAGCGAUUAUUCGAAUCUGAAUGUUGAUGGUCAGGGAGGCCAAGAUGCCGAGAAUAAGGAGGACGGCACCGGCGAAGACCCGGUCACGGCCCAGCCCGGAGCGGGAGGUGACGCGUUCAGUAAUCCAACACAGACCGCAAACAACCCGUUUGCGAUGCCGGCUCCCUCCGAGACUACCAACCUCAACAGCCAGGGCGGUCAGCCUAACUACAUGGGCAACUAGGAUCAGUGAGGCAAAUGAUCCCAGCUGCCUCGUGAGCCAUUGCUGACUCCAGAUCUCCGUACAGAGUUUUAGCAGUUUUGGCGAAGAAACACGGGAUCCGACCUAGAGAGUCGGAGGAAGAAACACGGGGCUUACUUUUGGGAAGGCAGGAGGGAAGAAAACAGAAACCGAUCCCGCUACGGGUGCACUUCUUAUGGAAGAUCGUAGCAAUGGUUAUCGUUCUAAGUUUGAACUGCUCGGCUCGUCGCUCGAGGUUUUGAGGUUCCCCUCUUUCCGGCGGUGGGACGAAAAAGCCGAAACUUCGCAAAUGAGUCCAUGCUGGACGUUUCCACCGAAAUUCAGCCUGGAGCAGCAACUCGUAGCCCAAUGUUUGAAAUGAAUGAUUUUAGUUUUCUCACUCGGGAAUUUGAUUGAUCCGCAAGAAACUCGAUUGGGGUAUGAUUGAACUCGUGGACGGCGGGAGACUGCUACUUGAGGAGGCAGAAUUGACAAGGGGAGCGUAAGGGAGCGUAAUUAUCGGGUGUAUGCAAGAGUGAUGAUAUUCCCAAUCUAACACGUCGGAAGGUCGCCGAUAUCAUAACUCGUGAGAACUCAUUUGACUCGAACCAUGAGAGAAGAAUUCCGAGUUGAUGGAGCUCUGAUGCAUUUGCAUCGCUCUCCUCUCAUACGUAGUGAUAAAUUCUUGAGUGAGAUCUACGAUCACCUCGAUUCGGUGCGGGCGAAUUCCCAAGGAGUUCGAAUGCGAAUAUACCCAAUGAGGAGAGCUGCGGUCAGUAAUUUGAUUGAAGUAUUGACGAGGAUCAUCCUGUCAGUGGCAACAACUGAAAUAUUAAAAAAAAGCCAUGAAGACCCCGAUAAACUGUAGGAGAUAAGCUUUGACAGCUCAAUCUCUAACUCUUACUGAUUGGUAAGCUUCCAGCAAGAACGAAAGAUCAGAGUAGGUUCCCAGGUCUCAAUUACCUUGUAAGUCAUCGAGGAGGACACAUAGUCAGACGAAAAACACGUGAAGUUCAAAAUUGUUACGGUUGCCUGUCUGAUACUGAAUAUGGCGCAACGCUGCGUAGAAGAAGUGCAACUCUAGAGAUUCGAAUGAAUUGGCAUAGAUUCAGAAAUGCAGUCUUCUCGACGCAUACAGUGGCGAAAGUUCUGCAGAUAUCGAUUUUAAACGCCUCGGUUUUGAAACGAAGACAUUCCCCUGUCUUCAAACGGAAUCCCUUCGUUUCCGUCGCCUGCCCUAUCAAUGCAUCACUUGACCCGAAGUUCGAAUCAUGAGGACGAGCAAUCAAGGCGCUCUAAUCCGCUGAGAUACUGUUCGAUUCGAAAACACCGAAAGGGUUUCCUUCGCUUCGAGCAACGGAAAGCGCCCUGGAUUCCGAUUACGGGAGCCGCGCAAGGAACACAAAGUUUCACGCGAAUGCUUUGUCUGAUCCUAGGAAUUUUGAGCAUGCUUCAUUGUGUUGGGCCUUGCCUGUUCUGAGAGCCAUUCCUGUUGCUCCAGUCGUUUGAAUAUCUUGUGUACAUAUCUUCAGUUGUUCGUCACCUCAAUCGCUUAAAAAUAAAUGCUGCGAACAUCCAACGUCGAAUCGAC